AUGCCGUCUGCAAGUCUCCAGAUCUUUGGCAUCUGUUUGGCGGCCGUUGGCUAUAUGGGAGACAUCAUCAUCUGUGCUCUGCCCAUGUGGAAGGUAUCUGCUUUUGUCGGGAACAACAUUGUGACGGCGCAGAUCUUCUGGGAGGGCCUGUGGAUGAACUGCGUGAAGCAGAGCACUGGACAGAUGCAGUGUAAGGUCUACGACUCCAUGCUGGCUCUGCCCCGAGACCUGCAGGCUGCCCGGGCCCUGGUUGUCAUCUCCAUCUUGAUCGCCUUCAUGGGAAUCCUGCUGGCCGUCGCAGGCGGAAAGUGCACCAACUGCAUUGAAGAUGAACGGGCCAAGAGCAAGGUAGCCAUCGCUGCAGGUGUGUUCUUCAUCGUCGGUGGGAUCCUGUGCCUCAUCCCUGUGUCCUGGUCUGCACACGAGAUCAUCAGGACCUUCUACAGCCCCAUCGUGAUGGACGCACAGAGGAGGGAGCUGGGAAAUCAGAUUGUUGGCUUGUGUUUGGCAAUCAUCGGCUUUCUUGGCACCAUCCUCAUCUGUGGCCUGCCCAUGUGGAAGGUGACGGCCUUCGUUGGGGCAAACAUCGUCACCUCUCAGGUCUUCUGGGAGGGUUUGUGGAUGAACUGUGUGAUCCAGAGCACGGGACAGUCCCAAUGUAAAGCAUAUGACUCCAUUCUGGCUUUGCCACAAGACCUGCAGGCCUCCAGGGCUCUGAUCUGCGCCUCCAUUGGUGUCAGCGUGGUGGCCAUCGGGCUCACGGUGGUCGGGGCUCGCUGCACCAACUUCUUUCGUGACGAACAGAUGACCAAAUCCAACGUUGGCCUGGCUGGAGGCGUGGUGUUUAUAAUAGCGGGGCUCCUGUGCAUUAUUCCGGUCAGCUGGUCGGCUCACAGCAUCAUCACAGGUUUUUACAACCCUUUGCCCACAGAGUCGAGGAGGGGAGAACUCGGAGCUUCCAUUUAUGUGGGCUGGGCGUCCGGAGCUCUGCUUGUCAUCGGAGGAAGUGUGCUGUGUACCACCUACAGCUGCUGAGGAGAAAGGGGGAAACCAGAACGGAGGACACAAUGCUGUGCAUCAGACACAUUGUAGCUGAAAAUGUACAAUAAUCGUUCACUGUGAUUGACUUUAUUUUACUUCAGGCUUUGAUUAAAGCUCUAUUAAUUAAUUUCAAUGCUAAUUGCACUAUAGAGACAUUUUGCAACAAAUCAGCUUCAUAUUUGCAUAAAGCAUGUGGCAUGUUGAAGCCAUGCAGUUUAUGUUUUUAAAAUAAAAAAACACAUUGUUGCAGAAUGUUACAUGAAGAUUAUGUGAAAUAUUUUGUAUAUAUUGCAAAGAUUAUAAAUGCUGCAAGAAUACGUAUUUUCAACUAUUACUGUUUAAUCACAAUCUCAGUUUGUUUUUUAACUGCUUGAGUAGUGAGGAAAUUGUGAGGACAUUUUAUUUGUUUUACUGUAUUUCAGUGUCAGCAGAACUGAAACAGAAUAAAGCAAAUCAAUAAGCUAAUCAGUAAGCUAAAUAAAAAGUUGAUAUCCCUGUUUGUCAUAUGAAAGUUGAAUUGUAGCAUAAAACUUACGUCUCAGUCCACAGGUAGAGUUUCUUUUUUACCUUUUUACCUGAGAUAUUAACAAAUUCAACUAAAGGCUUGUAAAGCUGUGCGGUUGCUGGUCAUGUCAAGAGGAUAAAACUGUUAAUUUUAUACAACA